AUGCAGCUCCGACGUUUCCUUCCAUUCGUCGCUGCGAUAACGGCAGUUGCUGCACAUCGAGGACCAAACCGACCAGAACCCUUCUCCGAAGUCGUCAUCUUCGACCCCCCACGCAACUACACCAUCCCACGCACUCUCUAUGCACGAAACGAGCAAUUGCCUAAUGGGGAUAUUCUAGCAACGUGGGAGAACUACUCACCGGAACCUCCUGCGGUAUACUUCCCAAUCUACCGUUCCUCCGACCACGGCAAGACCUGGAAAGAGAUCUCCCGAGUCCACGACACAGCCAAUGGGCUGGGUCUUCGCUAUCAGCCAUUCCUGUACUCUCUGCCAGAGCGCGUGGGCCGCUUCCGUCCCGGAACCCUGCUGUUGGCUGGGAGUAGUAUCCCAACUGAUCUGAGCUCAACACAGAUCGACCUCUAUGCAUCGCAAGACGAGGGUCACACAUGGAAAUUCUUAAGCCACAUCGCUGCAGGUGGGAAAGCUGUCCCGGACAAUGGAUUGACACCUGUUUGGGAGCCCUUUUUGCUUGCCCAAGAUAAUGCAACCCAUGGUCAGAAAUUGUCUCAUCAGGUUACUCGUGAUCUUUUACACUGGGGCCCCGCCGUGAACGAUCUUCCCAACGGCAAAUAUUUCUAUAUUUACGAAUACGGCUCCUUCUUCAAUACUUCCGACUAUUCGUUCCCCUUAUACUACCGCAUCAGUGCCGAUCCAGAGGGCUUCAUUAACGCAAAGCAUCACGAACUCGUCGUGUCAAGCGGCACAGUCCCGACAUCUUCUCCGUACGUUACUUGGACACCGUGGGGAGGAAGGAAUGGAACUAUUGUGGUCAGCUCGGGUACACAAGACACUAUAUUCGUGAACCAGGCUCUUGGUGAGGGCGAGUGGACUGAGGUGCCAACCCCUGAACCACACAGUUACACUAGGAACUUGCGUAUCCUUAAGGAAGAUCCUCGAUUCGUGUUGUUGCAUGGCGCAGGUGUACUUCUUGGGGAAGAGAACAAGGUCACUGUGAGCUUGUUGAAUUUGGAGGAGGCGCUAGGCGCUCUGUAA